GCAGAAAAUAAAUCUUGGACUCCUCUACAGGAUCAAACGUGAAGGAGUACUGUGCUCUGAAUUAAGACUGUGAUUUGAUUUUGGGGGCCGAGUGAGUCUUUUAAUGCUGUGAGCGUUAGAAGGAUGAUUGCAGGAAGGACAAAUACAAGACAGAGAAAUGGACAGGAGCCAGCCUUUAUUCUGGAGGGAAAGGCCCCACUCGAGCCCACCAGGGGGGAUGGAGGAGGCAGAGAGACCCUCAUCCCUGCUUCUGCUGCACUGCUGACUCAGGCAGAAACUCCUGCACGCUGGCAGAGUGAGAGCCUGCUGGCAGAGUCCUGGUCCACAAUGGGCGAUGUAGACCCCGAGGACACCAAGAGCCUCGACAGCAGUGACGGGACACUUCUGACAGGGGAGGAGAACCACUCCUCCAACUCUGACAUGGUCCACCUGGAGCGGGACGAGGCUGAGAUGCUUGAGGAGGCAGAGAAGAAAGGGAAGCGAGCAGAGGAAGAGGAGGAAGAAGAUGAGGAGAUGCAAACAAGUAUGUUAAGUGUGUUGGGUGGGGAGAGGGAGCUGGUGGCACUCAGGGAAGAGGAGCAGGACCUCCAGGCCCCAGAAACUCAGGAGCUCCUGGUGUCAGCAGAGGAGCCUUAUAUGGAGCGUGAGCCAGGAGAGUUCAGGCACGUGGUUCCCCCGAUGGCCUUGCCUCCUCUGCCUAUUGUUAAGCUCGACCCCCCCUCCACAACAUCCACCCCAGUCCCUUCAACCACAACAUCUGAAGUAGAGGAGCUGUAUUCCAUUCAGGGCCUCCACCCUCCUUCUAUUCUAGCACCGAUUGCACCGGAGCCUCCAGCAGCAAGUGUCGGGCAACAACAGUUUUCACAGAUCCCCCUCACAGACGUGGAUAAACAUUCAGUUAAGGAGCCUGCAGAGAAGCUGCAGCCACGGCCAACUGCUCCCAAGACCAAACCUCUGAGCUCCACCGAGCUGCUUUAUGGAGGCGCUGCAUUAGUAGCAGUUGUGGGAGUGGUGGCAUAUAGUGCAGUGAUGUACUGCAGAAAGUAGAAAACCUCUCUCUGAAUCCCCCAAACCACCUUUCAGCACAUUUUUUCUCUUGUUUUUAAAUCUAUUCCAAACUAAAUAUUCCACCACAUCACUAUCCAAUUAAUGGAUUUUACUCUCUAACGCUGUUUGCUAAUUAGACACACUGAUCUGAUGUUUUUUAAUUCGUUUUGUGCUACCUCAGCUCACAGCAGAGCUUGUGGCCUUUGUUUUUCUUUUUGAUCUCUGAGGAAAUGUAUCCAAUAAAAUGUAACCUGAAAUACACAAAUCACUUUAAGUGCAAUUUUAAACUUCCCCAUACUUGAAGGG